AUGAGUUGCAGCUGAGCGGAGUAUAAACAGCAGACGAUCCUACUUUUGUUGUUUUCCAGUUACAAUGACCCAAAAUUAGUGAUUUUUUGGUUAAAUCAACACUUUCAAAGCACAAAUAACAAAAGUCUGGAAAAAACUUCUAAAUGUCGCAGUUCAGCGCCCAGGCUAACAACCCCCCGUGGGCUCGAACAAAUGGUCAAGGUCUUCCACCGCCCUUGGGGCAGCACAACCAGAUGCAGGGUGCGCCGAUGAUGCAGCACACGCUGCUAAAUCAGCAGGUCAACUUUCAGCAGCAGCAGCAGGUCUACCAGCAGUCCAUCCAGAAUAUUCAGCAGCAACAACAACAGCCUCCUCCAGGCCUCCUGGGUCAGCUCGGGGACAAGUCGAAGAACUACUCGCCGAUGCCCUACCCCUUCCAGACCACCCAGCUUGGGGGUCUGGCUGGCAGCAUCGCCACCUCGGCCGGACUGCAACCCCUGCACACUCUCCAGGGCACAAUCCCAGCCUCACCCCAGAUCACGCAACAAGGAUCGAUUUCAUAUCCAGCACCCAGGAGCAUCAGGACCUUUACGAACCAACCACCACCCCUGGCCAACGUCAUCACCACAGCCCCUGCCGCCGCCCAGCAGAAUCAGGUGACCCAAAAGAACAGGGUCUUUACAGGGGUCAUCACAAAGUUGCAUGAGAACUUUGGUUUUAUAGACGAAGACGUCUUCUUCAACCUCAGUGUGGUGUCCAAAGGUCUUCCUCCUGUGGUCGGUGAACGCGCCCUUGUGGACGCCACCUACAAUCCCAACAUGCCUUUCAAGUGGAACGCCACAAAGGUCCAGGUCCUGCCCUCCGAAAGACAGACCUUCGGUGGUGGCGGCAUGUCAGGGUAUAAUGCUGUUCCUCCGCCACACUUCAACUCCACUGCAAAAUCAGUCUCAGGUGGGGGUGGAAGUAAAAUGGGCGAUGGGGGCCAUGGCAGGUCGGACGAAGGGAGGCGCGGAGACAUGCGGAGGGAAAACUUGAGGAGAGGAAGCAGGGAGCGUGAAAGGGAGUCGGACAGGGAGAGAGAACGGGAGCGGGAGAGACGCACCAGAGAGGACAGACAAAAGGAAAGAGAAAAGGAACGGGACAAGGACAAACGCUCUUGCUCCAGCAGGAGUCCUUCUGCCUCUUCAAGGAGAAGAAGUCGCAGUCCGAGGGCUGGUCAAGCGUCCAGUCGCUCUCCCACUAGACGCAGGGCCCGAGUCAUGCCCAGAUACGUCGUUCAAAUACCAAAAAUUUCUCUUGAGUCUUCUGAGGCCAACAUGCUGGAGCUGAAGCGGCGAUACACAAACCUGUAUGUGCCUUCUGACUUCUUUGUCUCGCACUUCUCCUGGGUUGACGCUUUUCCGGCUGACAGACCCUUUGCCCUCAAAAGACCAAGCGCCUUCCAUGUGGCGCACAAGGACGUUGACGAAAUUGUUCAAAACGACACCGUUUUAGAACCGCCAGACGCCGACUACUCUUUUUCAGCAAAGGUCAUGUUGAUCAGCGUACCAGUGCUAGAUGAACUUUACAGAAAGUCCUGCGUCCUUGCUGAAGAUAUGAAGAACUCAACCACUAAGGACGGAGAGGAGCGGGACGGAUAUGUUCACCCGACAAGGCUAAUCAACUUCCUUGUCGGAGUGCGCGGCAAAACCAAAGAGACCAUGGCCAUUGGAGGCCCAUGGAGUCCAUCCUUGGAUGGACCCGACCCCGACAAGGACCCGUCAGUUUUGAUCAAAACCGCCAUCAGAACCUGCAAAGCUCUGACGGGGGUCGAUCUGAGCCCCUGCACCUUAUGGUAUCGUUUUGUGGAGAUUUACUAUCACCGCAGCGAGACCACGCACAAAGGCAAGGUGAUACCGUCGCGCGUUGAAACUGUUGUCCUCUUUCUGCCAGAUGUUUGGAGCUGUUUGCCCACGCGGCUCGAGUGGGAAUCCCUCCAGCUCUCCUACAAGAAGCAACUCGGUCGGAAACUGCAGAAACCUUCUUCGGCCACCGCGGAGGCGCCGGUUGAGGUCAAAGCGGCCACGAAUGCGGCGGAAGAGGCGGCGGAAAACCAAAAGGAUGAAGAAAAAAUGGAGGUGGAUGCUGAAAAGAAACCAGAGCCGACGCAUUUCACUGAGCUUGACGUGAAAGUCAUGAAGGUUUCUGAAAUGAGACUCGAACUGGAGGCUCGAACUCUGAGUCCCAAGGGGCUCAAGUCGCAGCUAAUCGCUCGGCUGACAAAGGCGUUGAAAACCGAGCAGGAGACGGAAGAGGCGGACGCUAAAGCGGCGGCCGAAAAAGCUUCGGACGCUGAAGAGGUGCUCGCCGAACCGUUGUCAGAAGAUGCCGCUGAAAACAACAAGGAGGAAGCUGACAAAAAGAAGAGUUCCGAGGACAAAGAGAAGCAGGUGCGCUACGAGAGGAGAUUUGCACUGCCUGAAAACCCACACAUCAUCGUUCACCCCUCAAAGACGGCCAAGUCUGGCAAGUUUGACUGCACUGUCAUGUCCUUGUCUCUUCUGCUUGACUACCGCCAGGAGGACACUAAGGAACAUUCUUUUGAAGUAUCUCUGUUUGCUGAACUUUUUAAUGAAAUGCUCAGGAGGGACUUUGGCUUCCGCAUUUUCCGAGCUUUCAGUGAAAUUCCUGAAAAGCCUAAUGAGGAGGAAAAGGAUAAGGAAGCUAAAAAGCCUGAAAAGAAAGAGGAUGAAGGAAAGCAGGACGAGAAGUCUGAAUCAAAGGAAGCCGCUGAUGAGGAGGACCCCAAAGAAGAUGGCCACAGUAGCUCCAGCGCAGGGAGCAAGAAGAAGGAGUCAAAAGACGCCAAGGAGCCGAAAGAAAAAGAGGCGAAAAAGAUUAAGAUGGUCACUGUUGACCCUGGUCUGUUGCUGGCAUUUGUUUACUUUGACCAGUCGCACUGUGGCUACAUUCUGCACAAGGACCUUGAGGAAAUCAUCUACACCCUAGGCCUGAACCUGUCCCGCGCCCAGGUGAAACGCCUCAUCCAGAAAGUGGUGCAAAGGGACGCCUUCAACUACCGCAAGUUGACAGACAAGAGCGAGUCGGAGGCCAAAAGUGUUAUCGAAACGGAGGAGGACCCUGAGCAGAGCCGAGAGUUGGCCGAGGGCAAUCACAAACUGCUGCCCAUUUUCAGUGGUGAGCCUCGAAGGGCCCAAGCAGGGAACAACGGCGGCCAGACUGCAUCCAGCAACUCUGAAGUGGUAAUCUACAAGGGCUGUGUUGUUGACGUGGGCAAACUGAUGCAGCAACUGGAGCGCAUCGAAAAGUCGAGAGUAGAUUCGGAGGAAAAAAUAGUUGUCCUUGAAAAGCAAUUAGCACAAGCUAAACUUUGUGCCAGUACCUCAACAGAGAGCGCAAACAAACUGACAGAGCAGUUGUCAGACUGCAAGGCCAAGUUGAGCGAAACUGAGGACCACCUUAAAAAAGAGAAGGAUAGCAACUCUCGUUACUUGACGGCGCUGAACAAAGUGACAGACAUAGUGAGCGUGGCCACAACUACCAUCAAAGAGGAGAAGGUUAAAAAGUGAGACAAGUAAGGGACAAUCAGUUUAAUAAUUAUUACACUUACAAAAGUAUGUAAUCAAGUGUGGUUUUUUUCACUCAUUGUAAGUAGCAGAUAAUUGUAUCAAUAGAAACUGGCCACAUAUUUGCAAUUUUUCAUUACCAUUUUUUAAACUAAGACAGUUCAAAUCUUAAUUAAUACUGGUGAAAUUUUUACUUAUGCGUUUUUUUCCGUUUUUUGCGACUGUUUAUGGGAAAUAAAUAAUUAUAUUGACCGACAUAACCGAA